CAGUCAUAUCGUUCAACGGCUUCUGCGGAAAAUCUAUUCUGGAGUGUGUCGUGUAGGCGUACACCGGAAAACUGACAAGAAAAAGGAGGGGCGACCGCGGCGAGACGGAUAGGCAUUCUGGAGAUCCUGUUUCAAGUUCACCGAUGUCAGCAGCAGAGUAUAAACAUGUUACUGCAAAGUCGGCUAGCCCUGGUGACCGGAGGUGCCAGUGGCAUAGGCAAGGCGGCUUGCCAUGCCCUGGCCUCCCAAGGAGCCAGAGUCAUCGUCGCCGAUCGCAAACUGGAUGGUGCUAAGAACGUGGCAGACGAGCUACCAGGUCCCGCAACUCACAAGGAAGCUUUCCUGGAUGUCGCCAACACAGAUUCGGUGGAGGGGCUGUUCGCUCACAUCAAGGACACCGAGUCGCUUCCAGUCAGCAUCGUGGUGAACUGCGCUGGCAUAGCCGAGCUUUCGCCCCUCGUCGACACGACGGAUGAGGCCUUCGACAAGAUCAUUCGGGUCAAUCUCAAGGGCACUUUCCUCGUGACAAGGGCAGCCGCGCGUGCCAUGAUCGCCUCCGGCGUCACCGAGGGCGCCAUCGUGAACAUUGCCAGCAUCCUGGGCAAGACCGGCUACUCGGGCUUGGGGGCGUACACCGCUUCCAAAGGUGGCGUCGUGGCUCUGACCAAGACGGCAGCUCAAGAGCUGGCGCCACACAGCAUCCGCUGCAACGCCGUGUUGCCGUCGUUGACGCAGACCCCGAUGGCCGAUGCACUGCCCGAAGAGAGCCAGAGGAUGUUCUGUGCGCUCACGCCUAUGCGGCGAGUGAGCCAGCCUGAGGAAGUGGCCGAGGCCAUCCUCUUUCUCUGUAGCCCGCAGAGCUCGUAUAUGACAGGCGCUGCCCUUGAAGUGACCGGUGGAUUCGGCAUGUGAAGGCCGUGACGAGCGUUGUUGUUCGUUUGGCUGCCAACUUGCCCUUCUGCCACUAAGAACCUAGUAAACUAUGCAACUUUGUUAUACAGGGGUUGCUGUGGAGAGCUUCAGCUAAAGACCACC